AGCCCUCACAAGGUACCGUAGUGCACCACCCUCAGCAGUUGGGAUUACAGCUCUGCUAGAAGACCAUGCUGAGAUGGAAACUUCUAUCUCAGCAGCCACUCCGAGUUUAGUGAAAUCGGGAUCAGGAGCUGCUGCUGCUGUUGCUCCCCCUCCUCCUCCUCCACCACCAUUGCAGUCUAGUCCUCGUGUAUCUCCUUCCCCACCGCCUCCUCCCCCUCUGCCUCCUACUGUAGUAACAGCCGAGCCUCCACUGUUGCCAUCAGUACCUUCCCCUCCCCCUCCGCCCCCAUCCUCGUCUCCUAAAACAAUCCCUCCUCCUCCAAUGGGGGCGACCCCACCUCCACCACCUCCACCUCAAAAACAGAAGGAAGUGCCGGCUACAAGCCAUAAAGGUGUUCCACCUCCACCAGCUCCAUCGAAACUUGGACCUUCUUCAUCGCUGCUUUCAUCUUCCGCAGCUGUAAUUGGUGGAAAGAAGCUUGCAAGGGGUGGUGCAAAAGCCCUGGCUAAAAGGUCAUCCCUCAAACCAUAUCACUGGUUGAAGCUAACAAGGGCUAUGCAGGGCAGCCUAUGGGCUGAGACACAAAAGCCCGAGGAGGCUUCACAAGCCCCUGAGUUAGACUUGAGUGAACUCGAGAGUCUUUUUUCAGCUACUAUUCCAAAUUCAGAUGGUCGGAAAGUAAACAUGCGUGGCUCAACUGCUAAAUCUGAUAAAGUCCAUCUGAUUGAGCUCCGUAGAGCGUACAACUGUGAAAUCAUGCUGACAAAAGUUAAAAUUCCUGUGUCUGAUUUGAUGAAUUCAGUCCUUGCAUUAGAUGACUCAGCACUGGAUGCUGAUCAAGUCGAAAAUCUCAUAAAAUUUUGUCCAACCAAGGAAGAAAUAGAACUCCUCAAGAAUUACAAAGGUGACAUGGAGAAUCUUGGCAAGUGCGAGCAGUUUUUCAUGGAGUUGAUGAAAGUCCCACGGGUUGAGGCCAAGCUAAGAGUUUUCUCGUUUAAAAUUCAGUUUUCGUCCCAGAUAUCAGAUUUGAGACAAAGCUUAAACAUUGUGAAUUCUAUAUCUAAAGAGGUCAAGAAUUCUGUGAAACUUAAAAGGAUCAUGCAAACUAUUCUUUCAUUGGGUAAUGCAUUAAAUCAGGGAACUGCACGAGGUUCUGCAGUUGGAUUCCGCUUGGAUAGCCUUCCAAAACUCGCUGAAACUAGAGCUCGAAACAACAAGCUGACACUUAUUCAUUAUCUCUGCAAGGUGAUUGCCGAAAAGUUGCCAGAAGUGUUAGAUUUUCAUAAAGACCUAGAAGAUUUAGAGGCUGCAACGAAGAUUCAACUCAAGUACUUGGCAGAGGAAAUGCAAGCCAUUACCAAAGGGCAUGAAAAAGUCGUACAGGAGCUUACUGCUUCUCAAAAUGAUGGAGCUGUAUCAGAGGUCUUCUGCACGAUUUUGAACAACUUUUUGGUCACUGUUGAAGCUGAAGUAAGAUCUCUAGCUGCACUUUAUUCCGGAGUGGGAAGGAAUGCAGAUUCAUUGGCUCAAUAUUUUGGAGAAGAUCCGGCACGUUGCCCAUUCGAGCAAGUUGUGUCAACUUUGCUCAACUUUGUGAGGAUGUUUCAAAAGGCUCACGAGGAGAACUGCAAGCAACUGGAGUUCGAGAAGAAGAAGAAGGCGCAGGAGGAAGCGGAGAAUCAGAUGCCUAAAGCAAAUGCUUCAAGCAAGGAGCUGGGAAAUGAGAAUGGUGUUGCAACUCCACCAAAACUUAAAUGAAGUCAUUGUUCAAGCUUAGAUGAUAUUUUUUUAUGAUAGCUAAGUGUGUGUGUUUUACCCCCCCCCCUACCUGACUACAAAACAAAUUGAUGAGACUCGAGAGCUCGGCCGAUCACCGGGACCUGGGAGAUGAAGUGAAGUGAUCUUGACCUAAUAGAUUCUAUGUAAAUAUCAAGAAUCCAUUUUUAUUUAGUCCAGUUCUGAUGCAGAGAGGCUGAGAAAUUCGGAAUAUGGAACUUUUUUGUGUUGCUGAUUUUUAAUGGUCUGAAAUUUGAUUGAGACUGUGUAUGUAAAUAUUCUAAUGUAAUUUGCAUAUUCUUCAACACUGUCCAACACAUUAUUUGUGAAAAUUAUCACAGUGAGAGGAUGGAAUUUUUAUUAGUUUGAAGAAGAUUUGAACACCA